AUGAACACUUUGAGAAGUAUUCGAAGUACUAGCCAGACGAGGUCGAACAGAUCUGGAAGCAGAUCGAUUUUGGGCUCAGGCAGAAGUUCGACUUCCACUUCGAGAUCAGGCUCAAGGUCACGCUCGGCAUCAAAUAGGGGAUCUUUCCUUGUACGAGGAUCUGUGGAUAAUUACUCGUUUACAGGUUUGCAAGCUCCGGAGAAGAGUAUGGCUUUUGAUGGCCCGAAAGAGCACAAUCUCGAAAAGGAACUAGAAAAGACAUUUUGGAGAAAAGUCCGUGAAAAUGUGAUAGACAACGAUAACGCAUGGAUAAAGCUGUUUCUUUUUGCUUCUUCCAUAUCAGCCGCUAUAAUUCUUGCACUUGAGUGCACUAUAUGUGGAUUGUUUUUCAGUAGCUUCAAGCUGAUAGAGUCAAAAAAUGAUGACUUUAACCCGGUGUUAGCCAUCUAUGGGUAUUACAGAUCCUACCUCAAACAAAAGCGAUACGCCAUGGGUGCAUACUUAGCACUCUAUAUCUAUGCCGAAAUUUAUCAGAUACUAACCACCUUCAUUGUUUUAUAUACUAGGAAUGUGUACCACUUGGCGUCUUCCAUUUUGUUUCUAGCUGCAAUGGCGAUCUAUGCGGGGAUUCAGUAUAAUGAGAUCAAUACGACAAUCACUAGCUUUGCCACAUACAGUCAAUUGUUUACCUCAACAACUGAUGCAUUCGGGUCUGGGACGGCGGCUGCAAAAGUUCACAUCAAAAGCCUAUCCAUUGCCGUAGUUAUCCUUGCCUGCCUGGUAUGUGUCAUUCAGUUUGCUAUUGGGUUUAAGUUGAAAGACAAGUUUCAACAAUUCACGGGAGAGACUAUUGGUAACAAUAGGAAAAUGAUCUAUGCUAAUACAGUGUUCAAUUUACAUCGGGAUGCCUUAUUGUUGGCUUUAUUUUUUGCACCAGGAUACUUUCUUCAAGCCUUAAUUAUAGCACCAGACAAGACAGAUGCAGAGUUUGGUUUGUCACUGGCCGCUCUAGUCCUCUCGGUGUUUGUUAUUUUCGGUGCGGAUUACUCCACUUCAAGGGAAAAGAAAAUCACAUCCACCUUCUUUUCAUUGUGCUGUACAGUUGGGUUGGGAUUUAUAAUAUUCAAGAUUGUGAGAGUGUAUCUUCGCUAUCGUUUAGCUAAUCAUGACUUACCUGGAAGACAAUCUGUUGUUGCAUUCGGAGUUAUAACUAGUGCAAUUCUACUUUGUUUGAUGGUGUUACUGUUACAAGUGAUAAGAAACUUUGGAUUGGGAUUAUUUGAAAUUUAUGCCGGAAACUAUAACUGGUUGAGACAUGCAAAGGGAAGCAGCAGCUGGAUCAAAGGAACAGAAGACUCCAAGGUAACUUCUGCCGGGAAAAACCAAAUAAACGAGACCUCAAAUGAUCGUAUAAUGUCUGCCGAGCUUUCUCCCUACUUAAAUUUGUCUACAAUGCCCAAUAGGGAAGAAUUGGAUUUCUGA